AUGUUGGAAGUAGAAGACGACAGCUUUCACGUCACACGUGAAGGCUACUCCCACCUGAGUGACUCAGAAUGGGAGGUAGUCGGCCGCAUGAGUGUGCUCAUGGGCGAACCCGCCAUCAGUGGUAUGUUGGAGUCUCUAAGCAGAGACCAGCAAGAUGCUGCUAUCAACAAGUUCCUACAAGGGAAAAUUGCCUUCGAACGACGGAAGAUAUCCUUGCUACAGCAGCAAGGCUCUCAUCAGUCGAUGGGCGGGCCGACGCACAUGCGUCGACCCGAAACCUUGAAGAUUGAUAUCUCAAGCUACAAGGAACGAUGA